UUAUAAUUACAGUAAUUGACGUAGAGAUGACUUGCAUUUAAUAGUAACUGAAGUAAAAUUACAACGACUGCAGCCGUGGCGAUUGUAUUCCUGUAAUGUAUUAAAAGAUGAAUCUUGGAAUUCGUCAUUUAACCCCCAACUCCGGCCCCCUGAGCUCUCUGCCCUCUCCUUGCCCUCUGAACAAAGGGUCUAGACCAUUCGUUCCGUACAUUUUCAUCACUCGUAUUACGGGCGGGAAAUUAAAAAGAUUUACGAAUAAUACUUUUCUACAAAAAACAGUUCAGUUAAAUAUGUAAAGAUUACGAUCGAUGAUAUAACGUGUCCAUCGAUUGUAAAUACGAAUACAUAUAAAUCCAAAUAUAAUUUCUAUUUUUGAAUAUUGAAUAACCAACCCCUCUCAAGUUGCGUUCACGCAUCAACCUUCACAUUGAAACUUCAGCGGCAAGAUUUUUUUGCUUCAACCGUUCAGUUGCCAACCAUCAUUGCCGAAACACGCACGAUGGCGAAGAUUGCUUUCGUAUUUUUUUUUAUUUUUCAUUCAGCUGCAUGCGAUGAGUAUUCAUUACAAUAUUUCUCAAAUAUAGGUGAAAAGUUUGAGUUAAAGUUUUAUGAAGGCGUGGACUAUUUGGCCAGGUGGUUAGAAGGAUUCAAUGAUCGGCGAUGGGGGACCAGUGAGCUUGGGAGACUGCUACAUUAUAAUGAUAUUAAGCCGAAAAUCGACAAUGGCGGGAGAAGUGGUAAAAGCAUGAAGAAGAUGUCCAUGGCGAUGAUGCCACUGAUCUUCCACAUGGGAGCCUCCUCCACAUGGAUGUUGCUGACCAGCAUCAUGGCUGCCAAGUCUGUUGCCAUUGGGCUCGCGUUGUUGGUGUUUAAGAUCGCUGUCAGUUCUGCUAAGGUGGCGUCUUUCUUUACCAAGUUAAAGGCAAAACAUUCUCAUCCCGAAUGGUCCUGGCAGCCACCAGAAUAUGGUUCCACAAACGAGGAAUGGAGUGCGUACAGCCCAAAAUGGAAUGAGAAUGUAAUAACACAAACAGAAUAUAAGCCUAUACCAUUAUAUAGAAAUAAUGAAUUAGAGUCAUACGAUAAAAGAGAUAGGAAGUUCAAUAGAAAGUAA